GGUAUUCUUAAAGCGUACACGAGCGCAUAAAGUGAGGAAGGCGAGCUAUGCGAUGGACGCCAUGCGUUUACGCGUUACAUUAGACUGUAACUGGUGGCGAAGCUGACGUUCCUUUGUAGCAUCAAUGAAAGGACGUCAAAGUGUGCUAACUGUAGCUCUCAAAUCACUACAGAUCACCGCGAAAGGAAGCGUUUUCCUCGCUCUUUGCGGAUUGGGAUGGCAACAGAUUGAGGCGCAUUGGACAUCAGACUGCGAGGAUGCUGAGGAUGAUGCUGAUUUAGAUUGUUUAUCAUCUUCCUGAUCACAAUGUAUACGUGUUGCAAACAGAUGCGUUGUGGAUAAUCCUGUAAUAGCUGGAGGAAUGUUUAGUUCAGGUUACUUUUCCGUGGAAAUCGGCGUCGCACAUCUGGAUUAACUCUUCAGGAAGAUAUGAUUCACCUAGUCACAUGUAUGAGCCUUGUUCUGUCUCUGUUUGGAUGCCACAUCUGCUCUGCAGGGGCGAACCGCCCUGCUACUCCUGUCAAUGUCUCCGUUACUCACCUGCGGGCAGAUUCGGCCACCGUGUCCUGGAAUAUUCCGGAGGGAGAGACCGUAAUUGGCUUUGCCAUCUCACAGCAGCGUCAGGACGGGUUGAUGCAACGUUUCAUUCGUGAGGUGAACACGACCAGUCGUGCUUGUAUACUUUGGGAUCUGGAUGAAGACACGGAUUAUAUUAUCCAGGUCCAGUCCGUCGGACUCUAUGGAGAGAGUCGGGCCAGCAAAAAGAUUCACUUCAGGACACUUAAAAAGUCUGAACAUAUUCAAUCCACCAUGAUGGAUCAGGAUGACCCUGCGGUUGAGGGUUUAGACCUUUCCAGACACCUGCAGACUGGAGAGAUACUGAUCAUUAUGACUGUACUGCUAAUGUGGGCAGCUGUGAUCGUGCUCUUCUGUAAGCAGUACGAUAUCAUCAAAGACAACGACUCCAACAGCCACAGUAAAGAGAAGAGCAAGCCACUGUCCGGCCAGAGCACUCCAGAGUAUCAGAACGGAGGCCUGCUGGGCAGCAAGUUCCAAAGGACAUCAUCCUCUGUCAGCAUCAUCAAGGUUUAACCACAGCAUCAUCACGGAUCCUGCUCUGUCAGACCUGUCGGCGGAUAUCAGCUCUUCUGAUAUUCAAGCGUUAAAGGCAAUAGUAACGUGAACCUCUCGGCUCCCUCAGCCACAUCGGGAAUUGUAAGGUAGUAUACGGGCAUUCAGUAGUACAGUAUACUCCAAUAAACAACAAUGCCCUGGACAAUGAACAUACUGUACUUCUUUGACUAAUACAUCAACUGUAAUCAUGGAAGGCGCUAUCGGUGCUACGAAUAUGAUUGUGAAAACACUGGCUGCUGUGUGUGUGUGUGAUUGAAAGAGGACUAAUAAGUGUACCAAAUGUGGCAUUUCUCAUUAAUACAUGUAAAUUAUGACAAAUUCAUCAUCAGCCACAGAAGUGGCCUUAAAAUAUGCAUUAUUAACUUCUAACCGCAGUGAACAGUAUAUCAUUGGCUUAUUUUGUUUUUAUUAAGUAUUAACACCGUUAUUAAUUGUUUCACACCCAUGUAGAGUUGAUUGUUGACUGUUCAACAGUGAGGUUCACAGCAGAUCCAGUGCAGGAGUGUGCGUGUUCAUAAGAAAUGGUUUUGUGUGAGCAUUUCUAUGUCAAACUAGUUAAAGUUUCUGUUUUGAGCUUGUCAAUUUAAGGAGUUGGUAAAACCAUACUAUGGUAUUGUAAUGUGCAUAG